ACGAGGGUGCUUCAGUAAUUUCAGGUGUAACUGGUAAAUUAAUCUCAGCUACAUCGCGCGGUUCCUCUGGGUUCUCUGCUCGGUGCUCCAGUGCUCAUCCAUGGCUGCCCAAUCACCAUUCGGGUGGUCGUGGAACUCAUCGAUUCGCGCCACCACCGCCAUCAAAUGCUCUUCUUCUACUAACUCCUCAACUUUCUCUUCCUUUCACACAAAUCCCCGGAAACGACCUCGUUUAACCGCUUCUUCUUAUCCUCCUCCUCCUCCUUCUUCUUCUCCUAGUAGUAGCUCUAAACCUAAUGCCAAACAGGGACUUAGAAAGCCAGUGAAAUUGGAUGGUCCGAAUUGGAAUCCGAACCCAACCACAUCGGUUAAAAAUUCUAGUGGAAAUCGAUCGCAAGACGAAAGGAGAGUAACGACCUUGAGCUUCAAGUCCUUGUUCAGCAAACGAUCUCUGUGGCGAAGGAUCUUUUUCGCUUCCAAGAAAGUUAGGAGCAUCAUCUUGCUCAACGUCAUCACCGUCGUUUAUGCCAGUAAUUUCUCGAUUGUAAAAGAGGUGGAAGCCAUCAUGGACCCGGCAGCCUUCACUGUUGUGCGGUUUGCUGUGUCAGCCAUUCCGUUCAUCCCAUUUGUGUUCCAAGCUCGAGGUGAUGCUCAGACAUGUAAAGCAGGGAUUGAGUUGGGUUUCUGGGUCAGUCUAGGGUAUCUCAUGCAGGCACUGGGAUUGCAAACUUCAGAUGCUGGUCGUGCAUCGUUUCUGUCCAUGUUCACUGUAGUUAUAGUUCCCUUGCUUGAUGGUAUGUUAGGAGCAAUAGUUCCUGCUCGUACCUGGUUUGGAGCUUUUGUGUCUAUCAUAGGGGUUGCAAUGCUGGAAUCCAGUGGAUCGCCCCCCAGUGUUGGAGACUUGUUGAACUUCUUAAGUGCUGUGUUUUUUGGUGUCCAUAUGCUAAGAACUGAGCACAUUUCGAGAAACACGAAAAGUGAAAAUUUCUUAGCUCUGCUCGGUUAUGAGGUAUGUGUUGUUACUGUCAUGUCAGCUAUAUGGUACUGCGUUGGAGUAGGGUCGGGUGGCCUCCAAGAUUUUAACCCAUCGUUAUGGACGUGGGGGAUGUUCUGGGAAUGGAUGGUUGUGUUCCCAUGGAUACCUGCACUGUAUUCGGGCAUAUUUUCGACUGGUCUAUGCUUAUGGGUAGAGAUGGCCGCAAUGCGUGAUGUAUCAGCAACAGAAACAGCAAUAAUUUAUAGUUUGGAGCCGGUCUGGGGUGCUGCUUUUGCAUGGUUUCUCCUUGGGGAAAGGUGGGGUGCUACUGGUUGGGUUGGCGCUGCUCUGGUGCUAGGUGGAAGCCUAACAGUGCAGAUAUUUGGAUCAGCAUCUCCUUCAAAGUCUUACAAAGAUGAAAACAAUAGUAAGAAACUUGAUUACCCGGUGGUUUCAGAUAAACAAAAUCGCCUUUCUGCCUCUCCGGUUACAGUUAGUUCCAGAAAAGAUAGAUCUGCUAAAUAAGUGAUCAAUACCUCAUUUUUACAAAGAUGAUUCUGUAUAUAAUUUAAUAUAUAAAUCUUAACUGGAUCUCAAUUAUGCAUGGCUGAUGUGCACAGUUGCUGAUUACAUCAUACAAUUUGGAUUGUGUUUUUGGUUCUCUUUUCAUUUCAAUGGACUAGGCAAAAUUGGUGGUUGUA